GACUACCCAAGCACGAGUACAAGACAGCACAGGACGAGUACGAGUACUCGUACAGGUACUCGUACUCUACCGGGAUGGUACGGUCCUAUUCCCCACUGUCCAUCACCUAUCGCCACACCUACACUACCGGUAAGGGCGCCGUACCGCUACGGUACCGCAGACGCUUGCUGUCUCCUCGCACAUCGAUAGCGAUGAGGCAUCGCUCUUUUCUACCUAGGGCAUCACCAUACCGGACGAGCCCGAGUGCGGUACAGCAUGGUAUGGUAUAUUAUCGUGGUAAUAUUUAUUUCAGCUCUUCGUCAUCGCCAUUCUAUCCUCUGCCUCCUUACCCGGAUCCCCUCCGCCUUCUCUCCCAUACCGCGCAGCACUGUAUGGGUGGUUGCUUUGGGAGCUACCGCAUUUCCCUUCUGCUAUGGUACCUGUACCUGCUCUGCACUUGUGUUCCGUCCCUUCCCAAAGCGAUUGCGGUUGCUCUGGUCUGAAUAUGUAUGGGAACGAAUUUCGCUGGCUUCGGUUUUGGAAGGCAUCACACGUACCGGUACUGGCUGUACUCGAGCACCGUGCAUGGCGUACUAGUACAGUACAGGUACGAGCACGGUAGAGUGCUAGAGUAGAACACUCGAUCCGCCCUUUCCCUGGAGCCUCCUCUUCCCGAAACAUCCACGGUCCACGAGGUGAGGAGGGAUAUGAUAAUAUUGUGCAUGCAAAUUUACCCGCCCUCCAGAAGGACUCGACAUUGAAAACCAAGCCCUCCCCGUGCAUCCCACACACCCAGCCAGGCCCAGCCAUUUCUGCCAUGGCUUUCUUCUGGUCUUGGUCUUGGUCUUGGUCAUGCCUCUCGCUCGUUCCCCCUAAGCCCACUCGGUUAUCCUAGCAAAAGGAGGGGAUGGCUGUCUCCAUUUUGCCGCACUUGUAUCCUGCUCUCUCCUCUAUUUUUUUCCCCUGGUGUUUCUCGCUCCCAGCGGCGCUUGUACUCGUAUGUUAAAUGGUAGCUUCUUGAAUACCGGUAUCGCCCCCAUACUUCGUGAGAUCUUUCCCUAGAAUUUCCCUUCACCCCUCCUCUCCACUCCUCUCGUUCACUCCGUCCACGCCCCCCCCCUCCCCCCCCCAUCACACUCGCUAUCUUCUCUCAUUGUCGCUCGCUUGCUUCGGUGGGGUGCAGAGGGCGAGCGGAAAAACUAGGAGAAAAUACCUACACUCGUUCACCCCGAUUGCUUAAACGUCACUUACCGGCAAGUGUACGAGUACUCGAGUACUUCUGCCUCAGCCACCUCCACUUCGCUUUUGCCCAUUUGUCGAGCAGCCCGAAGUAUUGGCAGCACCCCCACUUCCGACCCGUACGGAAUCCCCUGGCGUCCGAAGAGUUAGGAUAGUUCCCCCCCUCCCCAUUCCGGGCUUUCUCUGGAGGGGAAUUGUUGCUUUUCUGAUUUUCGGAAAGGGAGGAAGAGGUUUGCCCGGUACCGGGGAUCAGCAAGCCAAGGAUCUUGAUUAACUUGUUGAUUGGGGGAAAGGUUCCUUAUUUAUUGAAGGGUCCGAGGAAAAAAGAUACUUGUGCCACUACACAGCAGGCUUGCAUACACGGAAGGGAAGGGGGUUCAAGAACUUUAAGGGAAAAAAGGGAAGAAAAAGGAAAAAAAGAAAGAAGGCCUUGACGCUUUUCAGCCUCAAUUUCGCUCUCGCUGGCUUCUGCCGUAGGCUAUUUGAUAGUACGGAACCGGUACAGUACGCGCCGUAACCCCCCAUUGCUAUUCUACCCAGGCACCACUGCCUCUUGUGCUUCUUAAACCUGCACAAUUUGGACCGGUCGUUGCAUCCUCCAGUCGGAACUCAAGAAGUCCAAACCCCGGGGCACCCGUUCCAAGGAAAACAACACUUUCUUUCGUCCCUCCAGCAAUUCAUAAUACACCCACUUUCCCUCAUUUCUGCAAGAAGAUCUGUGGGAAUUCCGAGGUAAGUUACACUUCUGAAGCCCUUUUUCCUGUCGACCUCCCUAGAAACGGUAGCCGUCUGUGUGCAUAAGGGGGAGGUACCUCUUAUUUUGCGGAUUGAGAGCUGACUGGUUCCUCAACCCGUUGAAUUUACAGCACUUUUUUGCGGUCUAGACGAGCUUGCGUCUGGGGAGAAGCAAACGCCCGAGCAACUGUCUCUACCGGCAUACGCUCCUCUUUGAGGUUGUACUCGUACUUUUCUCAGUAUCAUACCACUGAUUGCCCAAACUUUCCUUGUUUGGUGAUUCCUUGGUUUCAAGCUCAACCCCUAAAACGAAUUAAACCUACGGAAGCACUCAACGCUUAGGCUUGGGGUCUAGGUCCUUGGGAGGAAUUAGGGGAAUAGGUAUGAUACACAAUUCAGCUCCUUUCCUUUUCCUUCCUUGCCUUUCCCUUCCCUUCCCUUCCUCUCCCUUCCCUUUUUAUUUUUUAUUCCCCUAUUUUGUUUAUUUUUAUUUUUUUAAUAGUCUGGAACAGAUAUUUGAGCAGCAAACAUAGAAUCCUUGGAUCACUCAAUUGUCUCAAGGGCCCACAGAUAUAAGUGGUUUGCGGGCAGCAACCUAUUGCGAGGGAACUGACGAGCACCUGCGGAAAUAGUACGAACAGGAAUUACAAUGACCACCGCAGCGGUCGCACAAAUGUAUUCGCUAAAUAACUCUUCCCAUGAUUCUGCCGGCGGAACGGUCGCCGCGUCAACAGGCAGGGACAGCUACGGACCACGAACGCCAACUUCCCCGGUAUCUCCACGAAAUUCUAUGCAGCAGGUACGCCGUAAGAGUCUUCCGCCAUCCUCCCCUGUUCAUCAGAGACAGCAAAGUCUCCAGUUGAAUGGCAUCAAUGAGCAUGGCACUACUCACCAGAAUCCCUACCCCUCGCCUGAGCAUGCUCAACACGACUCGCCCAUGCAAGGGACCGCUCAGCAGUACCAACAAAGACUGCCAACCUUCCAUGGACGUGUACAAUCUGUGCAAUCAUUGGAGUCUCGCGACCUUCAAACCCCGUCACCCGACCUCGUCCUUGACGCAAGAAGGGAGGAAGACCCACCUGUGCAAGCUCCUCUUUCCUCGCCUACCUUUAGCCACCACCACAUCACCCAUCAAGCCGGACCAAUGCCUCAGCCCCAGAUGGCGAUAAUAUCCUCCGGAGAGAGCCACCGUUCGUCGUCUAAUUUUGGGGAUGAGGGCCCGGGGCGCGAAUCUCCCGCCAGCCAGGCCUCCUCGGGCGAAGACGCCAGAAUGUAUCCACAACUCCAGUACCAUCACAACCAAUUUUCCGAGAACGGCGCUUACCGGGAAAAUAAUGGGAGCGGAGGGCUCGGUGCCGGCGGAACAGGUCCGUAUCCCAGGAGGAAUUCAUCAUCACCAACCUCUUCCGAUGGCCAACCGCCCAGUGGGAGACAUUUGGCCGCACCAGAACCCAACUAUCGAAGGGACCCUUCCAGGUCUUCUUCCGUGUAUUCGUCUUGGUCCAUUGACGGCCGUGGAAGGUCUCCCGGAUCGCCGCACCAGCGAGCUGUUAGUACACAUUCCUACGACAGUCGGAGGUCGUCCUAUACCGAUUUGACACAGCCUGUGCACAUGCAAGCCCCGCCGCCCCCUAUCGCCUCGUUCGACAAUUCUCAUCUAAGGAACAAGGUCGGCGCGAACGCUUCACUUCUCACAAACAAGCAGACCUUGGAGAUGUACCGGGCAAAUGCGAAGAAGUCACAAGAUCCCUACUUGCAGUACGAGUUGGCCGUAUUUAUGAUACAAGCGGCCCAGAGCACUGGUGAUGGAGGUGAGUCGGGGACGCCAUCCCCGAGGGCGUCUGGAGGUAAGGGUGACCUGAAUAAUCCAUAUGAAGCAAGCUCCAAUGCUUCCAAGAAUGAGACCCUCCGCGAAGCUCGUCAGAUCCUUGAACGAUUGGCCGGAAAAUUGCCGCAAGCUCAAUAUUACCUUGCUGAUGCUUACGCCUCCGGACUUUUUAACAAAGGAAAGGAGGAAAAUGAGAAGGCUUUCCAGUUAUUUGUCGCGGCCUCCAAGCACGGUCAUGCGGAAGCUGGGUACAGGGCGGCCUUGUGCUUUGAAUUUGGCUGGGGUUCGCGAAAGGACCCCUUGAAGGCUGUUCAGUUCUAUCGUCAGUCGGCGAGCAAGAAUCACCCUGGCGCCAUGACACGGCUGGGGAUGGCCUGUCUGCGGUCGGAUCUGGGGCUCCAAGGCCGCUACAAGGAGGGUGUAAAAUGGUUGAAGCGCGCGACCGAUGUAGCGGAUGCUCAGUACCCGAAUGCGCCGUAUGAGCUAGGAUGUAUGCAUGAAACCGGAUACGGGGAUGAUGUCUUCCAAGAUGAGGGUUACGCCGCACAACUCUUUACCCAAGCUGCGGAAUUGGGGCACCCAGAUGCCUACUAUCGUAUGGGCGAUGCAUACGAGCAUGGAAAACUGAGUUGCCCGCGUGAUGCAGCGUUGAGUGUCCACUUUUACACUGGCGCUGCACAGAGAGGGAAUGCUAUGGCUAUGAUGGCUCUCUGCGCUUGGUACCUUGUUGGUGCUGCACCGGUGUUGGAAAAGAAUGAGGACGAGGCUUAUCAAUGGGCUUUGAAGGCUUCCGAAUAUGGUUUGCUAUCACUGAGCUGUCGGUUGUGGUCGUGGGCUAAUGGUUCACGCACAGGUCUUCCAAAAGCGGAGUACGCUAUCGGAUAUUUCACCGAGAUGGGCAUUGGAUGCCGGAGGGACCCAUUGGAGGCCAAUGUCUGGUAUGUCAAGGCUGCCGGCCACGGCGAUGAGCGCGCAAUUGCCCGAUUAAAGGUCAUCCAGGAGGCCGCGUCGGGAGGCUCACCCACGAAGAAGGAUAAGAAGAAGGAGAAGACCGGCAGCAGGGGCGUUCUCGAAAAGAGCCGAGACACCGGUGACGGGGACUGCAUAAUUAUGUGAGGCGGGGCCUGGGUUUUCGACGGCUUCAAUUCACAUCUGGGUCUUUCCUUUACACUCCCUUUUUGCCCUUUCUUAUUAGCCUUAGCCCUAGGGAUCCCUUUUGACUUACUUUCCUGUUGGUUGACCUACGCAUAUUGCUUUUUAUUUUUUUCUAUUUGCUUCUGGGGGUUUCUUCUCUUCCAUUUUCCAUUUUGUUUUCCCAUCUUUUCUCACUGUUUCUGCAUCCAUCCGAUUCUUUCCUAUGUGGCAUCAUGGCAUACGUUCCUUGGACUUGGGAGCCGGACAACCUAAAAAUACACCUACUUUCCCUUAGCAUCGGUAGCACUUUUCUUCCGUUUUCGCAACUCCUUUCCCCCCCCCCGUUAUUACGCCAUACUAUAUAUAUGCAUCGAAGUGCUCCCUAGCAUUUAUCUUUUUUAUUUUAUUUUCGUACUUCUUUCCAAAACAUUUGGCGUCAUCUAAGGUCGCGGAACCCAUUCCUUUACCAAAAAAAGAAAUAUGAUUGCUUUUUUUUUUUUUUUUUCGUUUUGCAAUUUUCUUGCAUUUUACGUGGGGGAUAAUUUACAAUUGGGAAGUGGGGGGGGGAGGGAGGGAAAGGAAGCCGCUCGGGCGAGAAACGGUUAGUAUUGGGGGGAUUACUGUACGUAAAGUACAUCAAACAUUUGUUGUAUCUAUCUAGUCUAUGUUAGGUGAUUUAUAGUUAGUUGGUAAUGCAUAAUGAGUGUGUCUACAUUAG